AGGACAAAAUUAGAAUUGUAUCAUGGACUUAUAAACCGUGUCUAGUUUAUAAUUCAAAUUUCUGCCAGGAUCAGUGAUUUUAAGCAGAGAUCAUUAGAAUCAGAGUUUAGGGAUUUCCCUCUUGAAAGAAUGAAUGUAGAAUUUGCUUUCCAGAAUAUAACAACGGAAAAAAAAAACACGUCUUUUUCCAGAUGAUGAUUAGUCUUUUCGCCAUUGCAAAAAGGAAAUUAAAUAGUAGAGGACUAUUAUCUGUUUAUUGUGGGUGCAGACAGCUUCGUGAGUCUUGUCAGGACAGUACAGUUACAUAUUUUGUGCCUAUAUAAUCUUCAUGAUUACUUAACAUUCUCCCCAUUGCACUUUCUGAUCACUACUUUCUUUGCAAGUUCCAUUCCCUCUUGGCUUUCAUUUCCAUUUUCCUCGGUUUCUAGAGCUAAUGGAAGGGAAGCAGUACUCUCAGUUUCAAAUUCAGGCUUUUGAAGGUGUGGUUGAUGAUGCAAAGGUGACAAAAGCUGGAAAGGAUGCGAUCAUGGUAUCAGCUGUCAGCAAAGCCUCUAGUAUUGACCAGCCAGGAGACGGAAAUACUGAAGUUAGCAUACAGGAAGGGUCGCAUCACUCGGAUGCAAAAUUGGAACGGCAAUUUGGGAAAGCAACAUGUGGAACAAAGUCAUCAACUACCCGAUUCUUGGUUAAUAUGGAGAUUGGUACUACUGCUGAGAGCUUUGACGAGAUAGAUUCUGUUCGAAUUGGGGCUUCUAGCAAUGAUAUAGGCUCAUCUAUCUUUCAUCCUGAAGUCCCCUUAACUUCAGUUGAUGCCCCAGAUUGCUCAACUCUGCAGAUUAGGGGAGCAGGAGAUGAUCCAGCUGAUGAAGAAUCAGAAGCAUCAAUUUGGAGGAAAACACAGUUUGAGCCUACAUUACCAAUAUGUCUAAAGUUUGAAGAUGUUAAAUAUAAGGUACCAGUUAAAGGUGAAAAAAACUCCAAUGCAGAGAAGUACAUACUUCAUGGAAUAACUGGCUUGGUACAUCCAGGAGAGGUUCUUGCUCUGAUGGGACCAUCAGGAGGGGGAAAAACAACUCUUCUUAAUCUACUUAGUGGAAGAGAAAAAUUUGACAGUGGUACCAUCACUUACAAUGAUCAACCAUAUUCCAAGUCACUAAAGUGGAGGAUUGGUUUUGUACUGCAAGAUGAUGUUGCCUUUCCUCAUCUCACAGUCAAGGAAACUCUAACAUAUGCUGCUCUGCUCCGUCUCCCCAAUAACUUAACUAUGCAGCAGAAAAAGGAAAGGGCUAUGAGUGUCAUUAGCGACCUAGGCCUUGAAAGAUGCCAAAAUACAGUGGUUGGUAGCACAUUUCUGAGAGGAAUUUCUGGUGGUGAGAGAAAAAGGGUAUGCAUUGCCAAUGAAAUUCUUCUUAACCCAUCACUUCUAUUCCUAGAUGAGCCAACAUCAGGUCUGGAUUCGACAACGGCGCUUAGAAUUGUUCAGAUGUUACAUAACAUUGCACAGUCUGGCAAGACAGUAGUGACUACAAUACAUCAGCCAUCAAGUAGACUAUUUAGCAAGUUUGACAAGCUGAUUCUAUUGGGUAAAGGCCACUCCUUGUACUUCGGCAAAGCCUCAGAUGCAAUGCUAUAUUUUACUGCAAUGGGUUGUUCUCCACUCAUAGCGAUGAAUCCAGCAGAGUUUCUUAUUGAUCUAGCCACUGGAAACAUAAAUGGCAAAUCAGUUCCAUCAGAAUUUGAGGACAGGUUUUUGCCUGGAAACAAAAGUCUUGAUGUCAAACGUGGAGGGCCUUCCCAAGUUGAUAUCCAUGAGUAUCUGGUGGAAGCCUAUGCCGUGCGGGUAGCAAAGUUGGAGAAGACAAAGUUCCUAAAACCUGGGCUAAUAGAUGCCGAACCUAAGUUACAGACAAGGUUGAAUUCAAUGGAAUGGGGAGCAACUUGGUGGGAUCAGUUCUCAAUUCUUUUCAAGAGGGGGCUUAAGGAGAGACGCCAUGAAUACUUCAGCUGCAUGCGUGUAACCCAAGUUUUAUCUACUGCUAUGGUCAUGGGUUCACUUUGGUGGCGUUCUGAUGCUUCGUCUCCUAAGGGACUUCAGGAUCAGGCAGGACUGUUAUUCUUCAUUUCGGUGUUUUGGGCUUUCUUUCCUAUGUUCACUGCCAUUUUCACAUUUCCUCAAGAGAGAGUGAUGCUAGCUAAGGAAAGAUCUGUGGGCAUGUACAGACUCAGUGCCUAUUUGUUGGCCAGAAUGAUUAGCGAUCUUCCUUUGGAUCUCAUAUUGCCUUUAGUGUUUCUUGUAAUUGUCUAUCUCAUGGCAGGCUUGAAGCCAACGUUUACAGCAUUUUCUCUGACAAUGCUUACAGUUUUCCUAGGUGUUAUUGCAGCCCAGGGUCUUGGCCUCACAAUUGGAGCGGCAUUCAUGGAUGUGAAGAAAGCAUCAACAUUGGCUUCUGUUAUUAUAAUGGCAACCAUGUUAUCUGGCGGAUUCUUUAUCCAGAGAGUCCCAGCGUUUAUGUCAUGGGUUCGAUACGUCUCAUUUACGUAUCAUACAUACAGGCUGUUACUUAAGAUUCAAUACGGUUGCCUUGGUUCAGAUGCUGGAUCAGGUUCAUGCGAGUCUCCUUUCAAAGGAUUACGACUUGAUUGGGAUGGGAAGGAAGUCGGCACCAUGAUAGGAAUGAUUGUGGGAUAUCGGCUACUAUCCUAUGCAUUAUUAAGGAGAAUGAAAUUAACGACAAUAACUUAGUUUAUUUCUUUCAGAAAUGUUAAUUUCUAGACUUGAGCUUGGUCGAUCCAAUAAGUAGGGAAAAAGAGGGUCUCUCUGUUACAAUCCUCAAUAAGUUGAAAUCUAUGAGUUUCUCAAAAGCAUGUCUUCCUUGCUUCAAAAACUGCCUUCACUACCCCAUCAAAGGGGAAUUCUGAAGGAAAGGAAAUGUUCUGUUUGCAUAUUUAAGUUUCCCAUCCAAUUUAUAAUUUAUAAUAGUAAGCUGAAUUUGUAUUUGGCUGAGGGAAAUGGAAUGCAGCAGCCAUAAUAUCCUGGUAGGAAAGGAUUGGAAUUCAAUUAUUGUAAGUUCUUAGGCCUUAAUUGUAUCUUCAAGCUGAUACACCUUAUAAUGGAAUAAAUUGAGUUCUGGCAAUGAGAUGAAAUGCCUUUAAAAUGUCUAAGUGGACCUGUCCGGGAAGAGAAUGUACUGGGAAAGUCCAAACACCCUUAUCGCCUUAUUAAAAAAAAAUAUAGUAAUGCGGAGCUGGAUUUUGUGCUUAGUACUAAAUUCAUUAAAAAAUUGAAAAAAUGAAAAAUGAGAAACGAAAAGCUUCUGGUGUCAGAUCAUCAAAGUUCAAAUAUUCAAGCCCAUCAUGAUAAUCCAGCCUAAAAAAAAAAAGGCACAGCAUGACUAGCAGAGGAAGAGCUAUUGAUU